CGCAGAUCGGGCUGGGGAAGGUACCAAGCCCGCGGGCCCCUCGGAUGCAUCGAGCCCACCUCCGCCAGCCGGGGGCUGCCCUGGCCCGGACCCCGCGCCCUGCCCCGGGACGAUGACGCAGCCCGUGUUCCAUGCAGCCACCCUGCUGCUUCUCAUCGCUGUCCUCUCCUCCCCGCCGGCGCUCAGCGAGAGGGGGCGCAAGAAGGUCGUCCAUGUGUCAGAGGAUGAGAGCGGGGCCGUGGUCGUCCAGACAGCACCAGGGAAGGUGGUCACCCACCGGGGCGGGACCAUCAUCCUCCCCUGCCGGUACCACUACGACGUGUCAGCCCAUGACCCCGCCGAGAUCCGCCUCAAGUGGACCAAAGUGAUGGACCCGAUGUCUUUCGUGGACGUCUUUGUGGCCAUGGGGAAGGAGUGCAGAGCCUUUGGGAGCUACCGGGGGCGCACGGCGCUGCAGGAGGACGGGGCAGGGGAUGCCUCCCUCAUCAUCCGCAACAUCACCCUGCAGGAUUAUGGGCGGUAUGAGUGUGAGGUCACCAAUGAGCUGGAGGACGACACAGGCAUGGUGAAGCUGGAUCUGGAAGGGGUGAUCUUCCCGUACCACCCGCGCCUUGGCCGCUACACCCUCAACUACCAUGAGGCCCAGGAGGCGUGUCUGGCCCAGGACGGCAUCCUGGCCUCCUACGACCAGCUGCACAAGGCCUGGCUGGAGGGCAUGGACUGGUGCAACGCCGGGUGGCUGGAGGACGGCUCCGUGCAGUACCCCAUCUCCAGGCCCCGAGACGAGUGCGGCCGCAAAGACACCCCCGUCGGGGUCAGGACCUACGGGUACCGGCACAAGGACGACGAGCGCUAUGACGCCUUCUGCUUCACGUCCAACCUGAACGGCAAAGUCUACUUCCUGAAGACCUACCGCAAGCUGAGCUACUCCGAGGCCCUCCAGGCCUGCAAGAAGAACGGUGCCAAGGUGGCCAAGGUGGGGCAGCUCUACGCUGCCUGGAAGAUCCAGCUGCUGGACAGAUGUGAGGCGGGCUGGGUGGAGGACGGCAGCGUCCGCUAUCCCAUCGUCAACCCCCGGGCACGCUGCGGGGGCCAGGAGCCCGGCGUCCGCAACUUGGGCUUCCCGGACAAGAAGUACAAGCUCUUCGGGGUCUACUGCUACAGGAAGGGCAGCGAGGGGUCCCCCAGGAAGGGCAGCGAGGGGUCCCCCAGGAAGGGCAGCGAGGAGCCGGGCAAGUGGAGGCCUGUCCAGGUGUAAGAGGCAGCCACGGUUGCUCUGCCGGGGACAGAACCACUCGUGCAACCAUCAGACAAACACUGCAGCUGGAGAGCUGCUACCACAGCUCCCCCCCGCCAGCCGUCCCUUCUCACCUGGAGCCGGCUGUGAGCCAGGCCCGUGGGACUGGCCGCCGAGCCCCAGGGAUCUGGCACUUCUUGGUAACAGCAUCACAGGAAACAGAAGGGAA